AUGAUCAAAAAACCUUUAUUUAUUCCAAAACAAGAAUAUGAUUCUGGUUCAUCCUUAAACAAUAAUCAGCAAUUGUAUAACGAUAAUGGAAUAAUAAAUCCUAUACAAGGUCACACAUUGUUACCCGCACAAAAUAUUUAUAUCGAAUAUAUUAAUGAUUUAAAUCAAGAACAAUUUAACAUGCAGCAAGAAACUAAUAUACUUUUCCAA